CUAUAUACUUUCCAGCCACCGCAACCUCUGCUAGGAACUACCCUUGACCAUGUCGUCCACCGUGCCCGCCAGCGCAAGCCCUCUUCCAGAAGGGAUUACAGAUCCAAACUACAGACCUCUUCCAGGACGUCUUGGGAAUCUCACAGUGCCCAUGCAACAUGGCCUAGACACGCUCAAAAAGCAGCUCAACGAAGAGGGCCUCUUUGUACCCGAGAGGAUGGAUGAUGCCACUCUGCUGAGAUUCUUGAGAGCGCGCAAAUUUGAUGUACCCAAAGCCAAGGCGAUGUUGCUCGCUCAGGAGCAAUGGAGGAAAGACUUUGGUGUAGAUGAUAUCGUCAAGAACUUUACAUUUGACGAGAAGGAAGAGCUUGAUAAAAUCUACCCUCAAUUCUAUCACAAGAUGGAUAAGGAUGGCCGGCCGAUCUACAUCGAGCGUCUGGGCUACCUUGAUAUCAAGAGGCUGCACGAAAUCACAUCCAAAGAGCGUCAGCUUCAACGGCUAGUCUUUGAAUACGAAAAGUUCGUCGAUGAGCGUCUACCCGCAUGUUCCAAAGCUGUCGGACACCCCGUCGAGACAUCCUGCACUAUCCUUGAUCUACACAAUGUCUCCCUCACCAACUUUUACCGUGUUAAGGACUACGUCUCUGAAGCAGCGUCGAUCGGUCAGGAUCGCUACCCAGAGCGCAUGGGGAAGUUUUAUAUCAUUAACGCCCCGUGGGCGUUUUCGGGCGUGUGGCAGCUCAUCAAGCCAUGGCUAGAUGAAGUCACAGUGUCCAAGAUCGACAUUUUGGGGAGCGGAUACAAGGAUAAACUCCUUGCCCAAAUUCCUCCAGAAAACUUGCCGAAGGAUUUGGGAGGAAAGUGCCAGUGCCCGGGAGGUUGCUCAUUGAGUGAUAUAGGCCCUUGGAACCCACAGACGGAAGGUGCUGGAGCGAAUGGGAGUGCAAGCAACACUUGAAACGUGAGGCUACCUAGAAUUACGAGAAGCUGUAUACAUCAUACGUGGACAUACUCUGGCGGUAAUCUACUUGUACAGUACUUAAUGGAUUGUCGUUCGAGCUACGGAUGGUAUAUGCUGACGGGCCGUGUAUCGAAAGAUAAACUGAAUCAAAAUCUCUGCAUGUUGUAUAGAUAUAGAUUUUUCAGUAUACAGCAAAUUUGACUUGGCAUUGUUCAAUUUUCCC